AUGCCGACUAAACCAGUGUCAUUCCCCGGGUUCACUGCGCUAUCCGAGCGCGUCUUCCUACGCGACGGCCAUGAUUCAGCCAAAAAGUCACCUCCCAAUGACCCAACUACAAUCAUAAUCUUCGGCUGGGGCGAUGGCAUGCCGAAACACGUCUCAAAAUACACAGAUGGCUUCCAUGAACAUUUUCCUACCGCUAGAAUCUUAGUCGUUCUAUCGCGUACGCUCCAAGCGUCAAACCAGCCCCUGGAAGCGCGCAUCGAGGCGGUCAUGCCCGUUAUCGAUACUGUGUUCCCUACGCCGACAGGCGACAGCUUGGAAGAUGAGCGCAUUCUUUUACACGCAAUGUCGAAUACAGGCGGUAUCUUCUGCGCUGCUGCUGUGGUCGCUUAUCAGCGUCGGCACGGCGCGGAUAAGAUGUUGCCGCAUAAACUUCUCGUCUGCGACUCCACGCCUGGAAGUUUGGAUUUCGCUUCUCAGGUCGGUCGCUGGUCAAGAGCGAUGGCGGUUGGAACGGCCAAAUUCUUCCCGUGGCCGUUCAUUGUCACGCAGGGCUUGUGGUAUGUGUUCUUGUGGGCAAAUUUUGUCUGGGAACGUGUGCGCGGUUCAGAGCCGUCUGGUGCGUGGGCAAAUCGGGUGUUGAAUGAUACGACGAUUACGACGCUCGAUUCGAGCAGGUUGUAUCUGUAUUCGAAGGAGGAUGAGAUUAUUGGGUGGAAGGAUUUGGAGGAGAAUGUUGCGCAGGUUAAGACUAUUGGGUAUCAGUUUGAGACGGAGAUGUUCGAGGGCUCGCCACAUGUCGGGCAUAUGCGCCUGCAUCCGGAGCAGUAUUGGAACAGGAUUCUUGAGUGUUGGAAACAGGCGCAGGCGAAGCAUUGA